CCAGAUUAUAUUGGGUGUUUGAUCCAGAUGUUGGAUCCAGAUGUUCCCAUAAAGACCGCAUGAAUCUAUCUGUGCGUGACAAGUACAAGAGCGCUUCUAGGUGCAAUGACCAGCAUGCGCCGCUAGAGGGAAGCAGAAAGACUUUUCCACAGAGAGGGUCAAAUGGGGUUUUUUAUAUUGCUGAACUUGUUGUCAAUGAUCGACGUGUUUGUAGUCCUUGAAAUGUUGAAUAAUAAUGACCCCAAGAAGGGACAAGUGGUAGAAAAUGGAGCCAAAGGAGUUUCGUGUUCAGACUUGUAGUACAACGUUUCACCUGCGGCGGCAGUGUCGUCCACACACAUUUAGGCGCAGAAGAAGAGUUGGGCGGCAGUGUCGUCCACACACAUUCAGGCGUAGAAGAAGAGUUGGGCGGCAGUGUCGUCCACACACAUUCAGGCGUAGAAGAAGAGUUGGAAAAAGGCGCCUUGAAAGUAGCACAAUGGAGGUGAAUAGAAGCUUCUCGAAGGUUGCUGACGUUUGAAAGAAAGAAGCUUCUCGAAGGUUGCUGACGUUGGAAAGAAAGAAGCUUCUCGAAGGUUGCUGACGUUGGAAAGAGAGACGCUUGUCUGCUGGUGCGUGUGUCGCUGAAGUGAGAGUUUGUCUGUGUUCGCCAUGAGUGAGUUCCGCAUCCAUCACGACGUCAACGAGCUUCUGAAGCUGCUUCAGGUGCGACGCGGCGACGGCGCUGAAGGUUACAUCGAGCGGCUGCAGAAGCACAGGACGCCUUACGUCACCACCACAGUCUCCGCCCACAGCGCCAAGGUGAAACUGGCGGAGUUCUCCAAGACGCCAGAAGACUUCCUGAAGAAGUACGAGGAGCUGAAGUCCAAGAACGUGCGCUACCUGGACCCGCUGGUCUACCUGCUGUCCAGACUGUGUGAGGACCAGGAGACCCUCCAGUGUUUGCAGCACUAUGCCAGAGAGCGCGAGGAGGCCUGCGCCGUCGCCAUGACGACCACCGCCGCCGCGCCCGCCGUCUCCAAGAUGUCCAUGCAGGAGCUGGACGAGCUGAGGAAGAAGCUGGGCAACGUGACGGCGGCGUCCAGCGCUCCCAUGUCGGCCGAGGUCGCCAGGAAGAUGCUGCGGGAAAAACACAGCAAGAAGAAUCCUGGUCAGCUCAGUCCCGUCUUCCCCGCCUGGCUCUACGACAGACACGCCCUUCUGGGCGACUUCAUCGCCAGCCCCGCCCCCUCCACACUUACGCCCACCUCUCUGGGUGAGUGUGUGUGUGUGUGUGUGUGUGUGUGUGUGUGUGUGUGUGUGUGUGUGUGUGUGUGUGUGUCUUCCCCGCCUGGCUCUACGACAGACACGCCCUUCUGGGCGACUUCAUCGCCAGCCCCGCCCCCUCCACACUUACGCCCACCUCUCUGGGUGAGUGUGUGUGUGUGUGUGUGUGUGUGUGUGUGUGUGUGUGUGUGUCUUCCCCGCCUGGCUCUACGACAGACACGCCCUUCUGGGCGACUUCAUCGCCAGCCCCGCCCCUUCCACUCAUAUGCCCACCUCUCUGGGUGA